GAUAAAAUGAACAGAAGUUAUUUAAGCUUUUAUUCAUAACCAUAUUAUAUUAUAUUAAGACUGGUUUUACAUACUGAUCAAUCAUUGUCCUAACAAAGUCAUUCUAUAAGCAUAUACUUAGUAGAAACCACUCUGUUGCCAAUUUUUUUAAAACAACUACUACAUUUCUUUUUUAAUCCCUUUAAUAAACCCAAUCAAAAUUUAAGCUUACCACAGCAAAAGUUGUUUUAAGUUUGAAUCGUUGAAAUAAAAACAGGCAUGCAUUUACGCUGUGAUGCCUUACAACAUUUGCUUUGGGCUUAUUUUCAUUGCUAUGGUAACAGUCAAUAAAACCAUGACAAAGAAGACAGAGUAUAAAUCAAACUUUACUUGCAGCAUCACAAGCUAUUAUUUCAACAUAAACGUGAGUGUGCCUCAACCAUUAUCUCAAGUACCAAACAAAACAUUGUCUUUGUACAAAAGUAAAGUGGGGGAAAGGAACUGGACAACAUUCUCCAGGUGUUUGCCAACUUUAAAUGAAAUAUCAUGCUGCACUGAUAUCAUGGUAACAGACUUAGUUGAGAAAUUUGAGCCAUGGGAGUUUAAGCUAGAAAUAAGAAUGGAUAACUCAACUACAGUAAUUACAAGAUUUUUUCAAAAGAACAUGUUGAUAGCAUCUUGGUCUCCAUUGCUUGAUGGCAAUCUUUGUCUGGAAAAACAACAACACAUACUUAAGGCGUAUGGUCAAUAUACUGACAUUUCCGUGACUGUUGUUCUCAGGAAAUAUGAAAAACUUUUUACCACAUCAUUUAAUUGGCAAAUUAGAAUAAUCGGACCUAGUAUGGACCAAUUAUUUACAAUUGAUAAAACAUCUUGUUAUGGUAUAUACUGUCACAAGACGUUUCAAGGAUUUCAAGCAUGUUCACACUACUAUGUAUGCCUGUUACCAGAUGAGGAAAAUGAAAAACAAAAAUGUGUAGACGUAAACACAAGUUGUCAUGAGAGCAAAAAUCAAUCAAUCAAAUGGAACGAAACAAUUUUAAUAGCUAUACUAGUUAUUAUAGUCGCAUCAAUUCUUAUUUUACUAUAUUGCUAUUGCCAUGGUGGUAGACAAGAAAAUCCAUACCAAACCCUUCAGCCAUACCAAAACCUUCAGCCACGCAAUGCCAAUGAUAUAAGAAACACAGAGCAUCUUUAUGAAGAAAUGGAAACCUAUUCACGUGUGCAAACAAACAAUGAACCAGCAGUAGCAGUGUGAAAGAUAACAACGGUAGUCUCAUGCAUAUAAAAAGUUGAACACCUGAGGAAGAGAAAUGAUGAUUAAUCGUCUCAAAACAAACAUACCAUCAAUGGAUUUCACAAAGAAGACGGCAAAUGAUGAACACAACUAUACUUCGCAACAUAAUUACCAAAGUCGUUAUAAUGAAACCAAGUCGACAGUUUUAACGAAAAAGAAAACAGAAUUAAACAACAAAGCAAACAUUUAACAGACAAUUUUUCCAUUCAUUUUUAUUAUUCUCAUAGCAACACGUUUAGUUAAUGCGAUUGCACAAAAAGAGAAGUUGAUAAAAAAAAUACACUGAACUUUAAUUCUAAUAAGCAUGCUUUAUCCAUCUGCACAAAUGCUAUUGUAUGUAGUUUCCACUUAUGAAAGGAGCAUUUUGAAAGUUGUAAUCUGAAGAUAAAGAAUGUGAUGUCAUAGAGAGGCACCUGAUACGAUAUUGAAUACAUAAUUCCAGAAAAACAUUGAAAAGGCUUUAACAAAAUUGCUGUUGAAGGAAAUAACAAAAAGAGAAACAGAAAGACUGAUUUCGCCUAAAAUGACACUAACUUAUUAUUGAAUACAACAAAAACAAUGGAAGUGAAAUUAUAUCAAUAUAUAUUUUUCUGUAUUUAGCCUUCCCUUAAAAAUGCAUCUUUUUUAAAUUGUUUCUGUAAUAAAGAUUUUCCAUGGAGCAAGACACUUUUUGAGAAUAAAGUAAAACAUUGUAAGUAUAAUCUUGCUGGAAAAAACUUACUACAAAAUCAAACGGAAAUGCCAAAUAAUUUAAAGUAGUCUGAAACAAGUAAAGUAUUAAAAGGAAAAGCAAAUCUUUUAAAAAAAUAUUUUUACAAGUCCCAAGUUACCAUAGGAAAAGAUUCCUUAGCACAUUCUGUUGGACAAAAACGACAUCCACAUUUUUUAGUAUAAUUAAACCUUACUAAAUUGUAAAAAACAAGGGAUAUGAAGCAAAACUUUUUUAUUCGUCACAUUAGUUGAGUUGGCAUCAUUAUUCGUCAUAUUAGUUGAGUUGGCAUCAUUUUGAAAAAAAAGUCACUAGUGUUGGCGACAAAAUCUUUAGCAGAGGCGAUAUCAUUUGCAGCAAGGGCGAUAUCAUUUGCAGCAGUUUUUUCUGGGAAGAACUCCGGGUUGUGAAAACUAGCUUAUUGAAUCGUUCCUAGAGAUCUUUAAACGAAUCACCAAAAACUAUCAAGGCUUUAGAUUACAUCACGUAGUAAUAAAAUAAAUCUAACAAUUUUCCAGUCUUUUUAUUUCCCUUGAAAAAAAUGUUAUUAUUACAAAAUGUCAUCAUAAAUUUAAAUUUGCCUCUAAUCCUACUACGUUUUUUAUUUAUUUUUCUAUUUCAUAAUUUAUAGUCGAGCACAGUGGACAAAUUAGCAUAAAUGCUAAAUAAAAUUGACUGAUUUAUGUAAUUUAUGUUUUACAGAGAUGACAUGGACAGGCAAAAUUAUCGCAUGUAGGCGACAAAUAAAAAUAUUAAAGGUGGUGCAACACGUAGUGGAAGAUGGUAAAUUUGACCCCCCCCUGUGAGAUAAUCUUUCUAUCAUCAGUCAAACUGCACAUCCCUCGAUUGAUAAAUUUAAAAAAGUCAUUAAUACAAGCAUUAAAUAGUAGAGAACUAAGAAUUGAUCCUUGAGGGUCAAGAACUCAAAAUCUAAGAAAUAACUAAACAAGGACCAAACUUUACACUUUGCUUCCUGUCGCAUAAGUAGCUGAAAAGAAUCUACAAAGCUGAUUAAGAUCAGACUAUUUGCGUUCAGGUAACAGAAGGUCAUGAUUUAUUGAAUCCGCUUAAAAUUUAAUUAAUUUAGUUCUAAAACAAGUUUUAGCAUUC